GUGGUACAGUGUUGCUUCAGUCCUCGCGAAGUGAAGCGCACUUGUUCGAUCGCGAAAACGAACCAAUUGAAAUUAUCAGUCGUUUUACAGUUUGUUGUUUUCUCUUGCCCGACAACUACAUUAAAGCUCCAAGAAUUCUUAUUUCUGGAAGUCUGUUUGUUUUGCACAUCGGAAAAAGAUAAAAGAUUGUUGAAUUGUAUAGAAACCGAAGUGUUUCCUAACAACACACCCCUAUGUGUGUAUGUGUGUGUGUGCUUUCGUUUCUAGAACAGAAACAUUCACGAUUACGAUGACCGAUUGAGUCGUGGUGAGAAAAGAGAACGCGUGCAUAAUGUAAACUGUUUUUUCUCCGUGAUCACAGUCGCAAAGGAAAGUAUAUAUAUCGAAGUUAUAUACGGUGUUAAGAGACGAGAACGGCGGAGGCUGAAAAUUCGAGAAACGCUGCGUCAGAGGCGAACGAGUCUAGUCAAAAUGCCGAGACCAAAGAUUUCCAACCCGAUCACUAAAAUCUCCAAGUUCCUUAAGCAGAGGACGAAGGUACUGUCUAUGAGCGAGGAGCUCAGGCGAGCUCUGUACACGAACAGCGCCGUCUCCAUAGACAACGACGUCAUCGUUCCCGACCUGGUUGGCACCACUGAGAUCCUCAGCGACGAGCACAGGGAACAACUGUGCCGGCACCUGCCAGCCAGGGCGGAGGGAUACCUCUGGACCCUCGUCUUCAGCACCAGCCAACAUGGAUUUAGUCUGAACAGCAUGUACAGGAAAAUGGCCAAGGUAGAGAGCCCGAUCCUCUUGGUGAUAGAAGAUACAGAGGGCAAUGUAUUUGGUGCGUUGACCUCGUGCUCGCUGCACGUGAGCGACCAUUUCUACGGAACCGGCGAGUCCCUCCUCUUCAAAUUCACGCCGAAAUUCCAGGCGUUCCACUGGACCGGCGACAAUCUUUACUUCAUCAAGGGUAACAACGAAAGCCUGUCCAUCGGCGCCGGGGAUGGAAAAUUCGGACUGUGGCUGGACGGGGACCUGUACCAAGGCAGGACACAAACGUGCAGCACUUAUGGGAACGAGCCGCUCGCGCCCCGAGAAGACUUCGUUGUGAAAACGCUGGAGUGUUGGGCGUUCAUAUAGGACACAGCCUCCUCGUACACCUUGUCCGCAACUACGCCCUCGCCGCAGCCUAAUCUGACCUGAAUCCUGAGAGAGAGAGAGAGAGAGUGAGAGGGAGAGUGAGUCUCAGAGCGCGGUGUGGUGGAAUGGAAUUGUCGUGAGAUAUCACAACACGGAGGAUGACAAUUGGCGUCGAGAGAGACAUUUUUACCAGAGGAGAUUAAAAUUGCCGAUCAACGGGAUUUGCCGGGUUAGCUCGGCUAACCGUCGAUAGAUUUUUAAAACAGAGAGAAAAAAACCCCCGCAGACGUAUUUUGUUAAAAGUCAAUAGGAGAUUUUUCGAGUGAGAGUGAGAGUGAGAGAGACGUGCGAAGAGCUGUAAUUUUUAUUGUAACGAAGUAUAGUAGAGAAAAAAAAGAAGUUGAUAAUGGGAGAUUUGGGGCAGCAAGCAAGUUGUAAACCAAGGACUGCGAAUGACUGCUGAUCGAUUUUCUCGUUUCGAUCGUCCUACGUUUGUUUGAUUCUUUUUUUUUUUUUUUUUUUUUUUUUUUUACGUAUAUAUCCACAAACACUCGCGUAUAUGUGUUUUCGCGUUGAAUGAGUCGUUACUUUUGUUGAUAAUUCUGAUUUCACGCGAUCGCGUGGCGUUCGUUUUUAUUUUAUUUUAUUUUUUUUCUUUCUCUAGUAAAAAGGAUCGAAGGAUCGACCACGAUGAUGAAUGAAUUUGUUUGUUACGUACGAUGAUGACGACGACGAUGAUUAUGAUUAUGGUCGUGGUGUUGCCUUCGAACUAGUCGCGAGUAUAAUUAUAACGUUAAUUGAUACUAGUAAUAGUGCGUCGUUUAUGGGAGAUUAUCACAAGAUCGUCGAUAUGUGUUAACGAUGAUCAACGAUGGCGAGUAAAAGGGAAGAGAAUGAGAUGAAAGUGUGAAUGGUGAUCGAGAUUGAAAGGGAGAAACGGAUACGUCUCUAUGACGGAGAGAUUCGGUACAAUGUAAUGCGAGAAAGACGAAAGAAAAGUCACGAAUCGAUCGAUAUAUGGAUACAUGCAUAAUGGAUCACGCUAAUGAUGAUAACGAUGAUACAAUACCGUGAUGAAAAACACGACACUACGAGAAUGCUAAACUAACCGUAUUUGUUGAUGUGUAGUUUAUUGUAGAUAGAUAAAUGUAAAUAUAUAUAUUACGAGAUCGUUUAAGAUAACAAACAAACAAAAAAAAAAGAAAAAGAAAAAAAAGAAGUUAAUUUUAAAGAAGGAGAAAAAAGCAUACAACAUAUGAUACCACGCUAAAGAAAGAGAAAACACACACGUUGCAGAAGACACUCUGUGUAGUUUGUCUCACAUGUAUAUCCCGAAGGACACACACACCGAUUAUAUAUAUAUAUAUGUACACGAAAAACAUACGGUAUCGAUUCGAAAACGAUCACGAGCAACAUACACCACUGAAUCGAAUCGAUGGGAUGAUAUUCUGGAUGUUGAAAGAUCCUAGGUAACUGAAAACAAAGGAUAGUUUCAGGAGAAGAAGAAGUAGAUAAGCAGUUUCGUGAAAAUCGUUGAAAGAGAUUAAAAAGCACGUUACCGAUUAAAUAAUAUAUAUAUACAUAUUAUCGACACGAUGAAAUGCGAACCAGAAAUCGUAGAAACACGCGAAUUAGAAGAUCAGAGCAGCGCGUUCGCUUCUUGUGUCUCGAAUGACCACAACGAACACACACGCCUGUGCCUCGCUUCGCUCUCUUUCUCUCCCUCUGCUAUAGAGCACUUACGCGUAAUCAAAAUCACGUAAAAAAGAAAAAGAAACUCGCUGUACUUUCAGUUCUACUCAAUACUAUAGAAUAUAUGUAACAAGAUCCUCCAGAUCAGAGUCGAAAGGAAAGAAAGUGUCGUUGCGUCGACGCUCUUGCGGUUACACAUCUCUUCGUGGGAGCAUCAUGCAAAACUCUGACAAUAAAGAGGAAUAUCUCGCCGUGGCAAUCGAGACUCUUUUUCGUUACACGCUCUUAAUAACACCGUUUGUAGCUUUCUCGUUCGAUGAAUGAACCGAGAUACAUAUAUAUAUAUAUAAACGAAUUCACAGUAUUCACCAGCGCGAUGCACUGUUUAACAUUUAUGUUUGCGAUUCAUUCAACGAGCAGAAAGUAUUUUGCAAGAUGUUGUAAAGUUUUUCUACACUGCGAACAGCAUUUCGCUCGGCUCUGAGGAUCAGCGAACCCGAUGUCAGUCGUGAGAAACACACACAACCAUGAAGACGUAGGACACGACCAGAAAAAAAAAGGGAAAACUGUCUCGAGCUUAUAGUUAUCUCUUUACUACUGUGAAUUAACUUAGAAUCGAUAGACUGUCGCGAGAGAACCCAUCGUUUCUACCGCUUUUUAAACCGUGAAUUUUUCCGUUCGAGAACCGAGAGAACAAUGCUAGAUACUAAACGUUGUUUAACAGUAAAAUUAAAAGAAAAGAAAAAAAAAAAAAAAGAAGAAGAAAAAGAAAACACACGCUUCGUUAGAUUUUUGGUAAUUGACUUGAUCUCCGAAUCGAAGGGUCAAAGAGUGUGCGAAACGAAGAUAUAUCUGAAAGGCGAGUUCUCCAGUUUGUUGCGAGAAGGAUUCUCUUAGCAGUUUUCACAACCAGAUGUAACACCGAGGAGAAAAGAGAGAAAGGAAACUGAGACGCCCACAUUUCGUACCGUAGCGAGACACACCAGUUUUGCCAUUCCUUCCAUUUUAUCAGGAACAGUUCCCGCGACUCUCGUGACGACUUUCUACGAUUUUCGAUCUUCCAUAGAGUACUGCUUUAAAAAACAACGUCACUGAACUGCGUUAAUUGCGUUAAAAUCAGCCGUGGUUUCGCUCAGUUUAAUGACGAAGAAUUUCUUUUUUUUUUUUUCUUUUUCUUUUUUUAAAGCAGCACCACGCGAUAUAGCGGAAAACACACGGUUGUUUCUGAUUAUAUUCACUACCGGCGUGGAUCGGGCUCGAAGAUCAAAUGGAAAUGGGAGAGCGACGAAAAUCGUAAAAAUCUGAACGAGCGUAUUUCCGUGCACUGGUUAUGAAAUGCACUUUAUAAAAUAAGAUAAGGGAAAAAACGAUCGUCUUGGUUUGAAGUGGAGAGAACCUUACGGAGCAUGGUUUCUAGACACAGUGGAACAAAAUUGGAGAAAUAUAUUUCGAGAGAAAGAGAAGAGAAAGGAGCGGGAAACGCAGCCACGGAGAGCACAAAAUACUUAGGUGUAUUCAAAUUGCGUGUAGCCUACCUAUCAACUUUCUGUUAGGCAUAGUUUUCAAGUAACACGAUCAUAGCGUUGUCUAGGACGUAUUAAAGUUUAUAGGCGUCUAUAGGCGCACUCUUGUGAUACUAAGGAGUUAAAGAAGAACAUAGAAAAACCGAGAUAAAAGAGCGGUUUGAAAAUAUAGAAAAGGAAAAAAAGGAGGAAGUUCGCUUCGAGUGUGUCACUCGGGACAGUUGUUUCUUUCGUGGCAGGGUGAGAGAGGGGAAAAAAAAAAAAAAAAAAAACAAUGGUUCCAGAUGGAAAUCUCUGAUAAUAAUGUACAAUAUAUGUAUAUCAGCCAGGACAAUACCAAUUUACAUAGAGACGCGAUGAAAGAAAAAGAGGAAAAAAAGAGAAGCGAAGUGUGCUCGACCGUGGCAAAUUUUUCUCUUUAAUUUCUGUUUGGAAAAAAAAAAAAGAAAAAAAGAAGAACGACUCACGACCCUCGCCUCUGAAUGCCGAAAAUCCACGGUAAUAAAUGUAAUAUUGUAACGUGAAAUAAAAAAAAAAAAAAAAAAAGAAGAUGAUAUGUGUGUCUGAGAAAAGAUACGUUUUUACUUUUCGUUUUCUUCGUUCAUUUUUGUUCCUUGUGUUCUUCUUGUCUUAUUGGCGACCGCAUAAUGCGACAGGAAAACGUACGUUAUGUACUUUCUUAGUUGUAUAAUUUCCUUUUACGUUCUGUAAUUUUGUCUCAUCGGGCGAAAUUUGAGAAUGAGUUCCUAACGUUCAAGUAUAAUAUAAAAUUAUCAGAGGGUCAUCUGCGCAGACUAAUUCGCUUUGUCAGGACACUGUUUGUACAGAUUUUUUUCUUUUUCUAAAUGCUAUCGAAAUUUUUCAACACGUUUCGAGAGACACGUCUGUUACCGAAGAAAUGAGAGGGGGAAAAUGAGAACUGCCCGGAAGGAUUCAUGUUCUUCUGUCUUCGGAACGAACUUCACCGAACUUCAGAAACAUUCUUAAACACUAGUAGAUGUCGUCUGAUCCGAAAUACACGCUACUGCCUCCACUGAAUGAAAAUCGUAGAUUAAGCGUGAACCAUCUUGCGAAAUCAAGAGAGAUCCUAACAAUAUCGAACGACGAAAUACUCCUUUUUUUUCUUGUACGAGGUCGGUUGCGAUACACAUACAUGUUUGCGUGCGAGCUCGAACGUUACCUCGAGAAAAGAAUCGAACCGACGUCCAUCGCGACAAGUACAAUGAUAUCCGAUGAUUUAAACAAAGUUCGAGCGCGGUGUAUGUUUCGAUCCGCUUGAAACCGAUAUCUUUCUCCUGUCAGAUCUUGUCGAGAAAUCAGAACCCCUCUCUCUAGCCAGUUUCGAAUUCCAUCUCGUUGCGUAUUACAAUUUCUUGAUAGGAAAGAAAAUAGCGCGAGAAGAAUGAAAAUUCAAUCUGUCUGUAGAAGUUUAUUCCGAAUCGAGAGGCAAAGUGAAAGAAGGGAAAAUUCGAUUUAUUUUUACCAGUGACGUGUACAUUGUAAAUUCUUCUGACAGUAGAAGGGUGUCGAGGUGUCGUCGAAGAUUCGACAAUUCGAAAAUGAAUGAUCACAACGUUCACGAAACACCUACGAAUAUGAAACUUAACUUAGCUCGCUGUAUUUAACCAUAGUGGAAGAACCGAGUAAUAAGCGUCGUCCUAGCUUUCUCCGUUUCGUGUAUCGAGGUGCAUUUCCGUAGCGGAAAUAGAGAUAGAAACGAGCAAGGAACCCUCCGCCACAGCCAAAGUGGAGGAGAGAAACAACUAAGUAACUAUAUAAAUAAAAGCUCACGCGAGAAUUAUUACUCGUGCUGUAAUAAUCGCAAAAAAAAAAAAAGAAAAAAAAAAAGAAGUAUAUGUAUCUAUAAUCGUAGUUGACUAGUGGACGUUUAGCGAGUUAGAGCAGAAGAGAAACAGCAACACCGUUAUAAAAAGACAAAACAAAACAAAAAAAAAAAAAGAGAGAGAGAGAAGAACGGAAUGGAGAACGAAAUGCAAAGACGAAGAUGAAGAGGCAACAAGUUUUUGCUAGAAACGAAGAGAAACUUUUCUUGGUACAUACACAUUGUCAAUUAGAUUCAGACUGACCGCCAGGGAUUGAACAUGCAUUAACGAAAAAUGUAUAACCAAAAAGA